AUGUUGCUGCCGGACCAAACGUACGAGCAGGCGACCCUGGGUCAGGAGCGACUGAGAAGCUCGUCAGCGUACAAUGACGGCGGUUUCCCGCGGCUGUUCGCUCUGAAGGCGCUCGAUGUGAAGCGGUUGCAGCAGGAUCUGCGUGGAGCCAGCCUGUACGUCGAUGGUAGCGUGGGUGCGGAAUUGGCGGGCGUACUCGCGAAUAAUGAGAUGAAAUUUGGCAUUCGAACGACGGACGAGAAUGGUGAGGGUAGCGGUAGCAGCGGUGUCGGUAGUUCGGGUGACGCGGGCAAUUCGCGGGACGGCAAGCGACAGGAGCUUGAUGUGCGUCUGUCGAUGACAAAUGGUGGCAGCAACCAGCACCCAGCGGCUGAAAAGUUACCACUACCGAAGGAAUUUACCACGAUAUGUCCGGAUUCGGAGAGUGUGUGGAGUGGCCGAGCUGCAUCUGCAAUGACGAUUGGACACUCAAUCGUUACAAAAUCGGUCCGUUCGAUCGAACGUAGCUAUGCGGCGAAUGAUGCUACUAGAUGCCGCAUGAAGAAUAGUCACAGGGCGCCACCAACGAGGUUGAAGAAUCAUAAGGAUCGAGGCAUAGGGUUGGAGUCGGCCAGCUCCGAUGGGAGUAGUCUAAGCUAUACGAGUAACUCUAGCGAUGACGAUGAGUUUGUGAAUCAUGAAAGUACGUUGAAAUCGACGAGGCAACGUAUGUGCCAAUCCCGAAUGGACGGUGAGAUGAUGGAUGGGAAGGAAUUGGCACUUGACGCACCUGCUCCAUCUGAUGGUCCCGAUCCAGGUGAACGUGACGAUUACGACAAGACGUCGGAUUUUUUCAACAACAUUCCAGAAUUCCAAGGUGAAGCAUUGGGACCGUUCAGUAUUGCGGGCAAACGCACCGAACCAGACUGGGGCAGCAUACGCACGAACGUGGACAUCUUGCGUGCCUGCGAACUGUUCCUGAUGCGGCAUCGGAUGCGACCAGACUUUUUCUGCAAGUACAAAACGGCAAUGAAUCCACCAAUAUCAGCACCGGCAUCGUUUCCGCUGUCCCGUUCCCGAACGCCCAUCGAUGUUCGGAAGCCAAAAAGCGUGUCCCCGCCAAUGCAGAGGCCAGCGUCGCGGGCCCACGGGACGAUUAGCUUCUCACGUGCCUCAGCUACUUUACCACACGAUCGAAACGCUGCUGAUCGGCCAGGACCGAUAUACAGUGUACCGAAUCGGACCGGCAAAAAGCGACGUCCAAAUGCGGGUAAGUUAACACGUUAUUUUGUUUCGCUCUUUCUUGGUUAG